AUGUCCAUGUAUGACGAAAUCGAAAUCGAGGACAUGACAUACGACCCGACGCUCCAAAUCUACCACUACCCGUGCCCGUGCGGCGACCGAUUCGAGAUUUCGAUUGGAGACUUGCGGGACGGCGAAGAUGUUGCAGUCUGCCCGAGCUGCAGCUUGAUGAUCAGGGUGAUCUUCGAGAUGGACGACCUGCCGAAAGACGAUGGACCUGAUGCGCAACCGGUUGCGGUGGCGGUGUGA